CACAGUCGUCGUCUUUCUCCUGUUCCCCAGGUGAACUUCACAGUAGACCAGAUCCGGGCCAUCAUGGACAAAAAGGCCAACAUCCGGAACAUGUCGGUGAUUGCCCACGUGGACCACGGGAAGUCCACUCUGACCGACUCGCUGGUAUGCAAAGCUGGCAUUAUCGCCUCGGCCCGUGCCGGUGAGACCCGCUUCACCGACACCAGGAAAGAUGAGCAAGAGAGAUGCAUCACCAUCAAGUCAACGGCCAUUUCCCUCUUCUACGAGCUCUCCGAGAACGACUUGGCCUUCAUCAAGCAAAGCAAAGAUGGCUGCGGGUUCCUGAUCAAUCUAAUCGAUUCCCCUGGCCACGUGGACUUCUCUUCAGAAGUUACAGCUGCCCUACGGGUCACCGAUGGUGCCUUGGUUGUUGUGGAUUGUGUUUCCGGGGUGUGUGUCCAGACCGAGACUGUCCUGCGCCAGGCUAUCGCCGAGAGGAUCAAGCCCGUCCUGAUGAUGAACAAGAUGGACCGAGCCCUGCUGGAGCUGCAACUGCAGCCCGAGGAGCUGUACCAGACCUUCCAGCGCAUUGUGGAGAACGUCAACGUCAUCAUCUCCACCUAUGGGGAAGGCGAGACCGGCCCCAUGGGCAACAUCAUGGUAAGGGCUACCAACGAGCAGCAGCGUUCUGAGGUAACUCUGAAUGGACACGUUGAUAUUGGAAGGCAGUGCAAGCUUUUUGCUUUCCUUGGACCAGAGGUGGGGAAUGAUGGCCGCUUUGUGGCUUGUGGACUUCAACUCCCAGAAUUCCUCUGCCAGUAAGGGGGAGUUAUGGUU